AUGGAAAAAGAUGGUGUUACAUACUCGCAAGCACAUUGCAUUGAGGGCAGCAUUUCUACGGCUCCCUCUAUAGCAAGCACGAUAGAUGAGGAGCCACAAACGACCGCUUCAGCAUACUUGAUGAUGAAAGCAACGACCUUUGCAACCGGAACAAUCGACGAGACUCUCGAAGCGCUGGCGUCGCCUGUUACGGAAAAUUAUCGUCGCGCGAUGCACUUUUUGCACGGAUCGCGUUUUAUCGAUGGAGUAUGCUUGCACACAAUUACUCAGGCAGACUCCAAACAGGCAAAAUCAAAUACGCAAGUAUCAACAACUCUCAAGUGGGCGGCCUAUGACGAUAGAAAACUAAAGAAUUCUAUAGAGGGUCCUGUCGGCACAGACUACUGCUUUAUUGAGCACUCAGGCAUCCACUAUGGUGACUCUGACAACAGCAUCGAUGGACUAUUUGGAUUCUCUAUUCAGGAAUCGAUUGUCCGAGAUAGUGAAGUGCCCUCGCUUGCUGGAGUCGGAUUGGCACGUGGUCAUCUCCAUCGCACUGGCAUCAUAAUUAUGCCUACAGAUCGCCCCGAUGUUGUUCAAGUCACUUCGAUUUUGCAGAUGCGUAUGACAGAGAAUGUUGCGUUAGGUGCCUUGACUGACGUCAAUACAGCUGUAUUGAGCUCCGGGAAACCGCGGUCAGCAGCCUUAGCUCGGCUAAUGUGUCGCCGAGUUGCCGCAGUGGGGAGAUUGGAGCUUUUGCUGGAGCGCCGCCGGCUUAACAAGCUCGAUCAUUUGCCUCAGGCCGAAUGGGUUGCUGAUAACGUGCGUAAGACUUGUGCUGUAUGCCGAAAACAAUUUACGCUCAGGCGGCGCAAGCAUCAUUGUCGACACUGUGGAGAAGUCGUGUGCGCUUCUUGUGCUCCCAAGCGUGAGGUUGAAACGGACACUAAUGCUGCUAUCAAUGUCCGCCUAUGCACGGCCUGCGUCGUACAAUCGCGUAUGAAAUUACAAGAAGCUCGAGGCUUUCGCAUUCCUUUAAGCAGCAUGAGGGAUGCCGACUCAUCAUCAGUGUCCCCGUCCUUGAGUAAUAUGACUGAGACAUUCUGGCCUAUGACUCAUAGUGAUAACGUUGAGACGAAAACACGAUCAGUAGCGUUAUCAUCUGGAAGCAGCAGUUUUUCAAUAUUGAGUGACUUGCAUAGCUCUUCGCGAAUAAUGUGCAAGGGCCACACAGAUGAAGCAAUUGACUACGAGGAUGAUCUUGUGAAAGUAUCAUCGGGCAACUCCAGUAGUUAUUCUCUUAGCGAGUUUGACUCUAUCGACAGCCUUGUUUCUACUUCUGAAUCUACUCAAGUGGAAAGAGAUUGUCAACUUGUACAAUGCAGUAUUAGCAGUGAGCGAAUUGGCAGCAGAUAUUAUUCGACCUGCUCUCCACAUUCACUGGGAAGCUGCACUCUACCGUCUGAUGACCUGCUUGAGCGCAUUCAAUCGAUGAAGACCAAUUUAUCCAUUUUAAGGAAUUCAUGUGAUCAUUUGAGGAGUGCUAGCUUUCGCAUGGGCAAUGGUGCUGAUAAUCUAUCGAGUUUUGUCGCCGACGCUGAAGUUUUGACUCCUCGCCCCGCCGUCGAAGCGCUUGAUUCUCACAGUGAAUUGUACGAUGUAAGAAGACGAACGAGAAGCAGUGGAUAUGAGAGUUCAUUGGAUAUCGAUUUUAUAAACACAAACGAGCAAUUUACGCUUCUCUGCCCUCAGAUAGGGCGCCAGUGGCGGACGCAAACCUACAGCAGUGUGCAUCAAGAUCCUGGUGAAAAGUCUUACGUGAGCGCAAGGUUAUCGAGCAUGUCAUUUGUGUCAACCUUGUCCGAUUCGACAAUGCUUGGCGACGAGGACACCCCUGAACAACCAGAGUCACAGAAUUUUGAUUGCAAAUUUUUGAAUGUGGAGGGACGUGGCGAGCGCCAAGCCGAACUAUUGGCUCUCAAACAGAAGAUCGAGGUGCUUCAACGGUCAUUGGCUGCGGCAACAUCGCAGCUUGAUAGCAUCCAGCCAUAUCGAGCGCCAAGUCGAUUUCGGCAGCAGCUAUUCGACCCAGUGACUGCAAAGCAUGAAACAAUUCAUAGGCAGCUGGUGGAAGAGUUACACGAAAUUUUGGGUGUAAGCAGCACGAGCCAAAAUAACAGCUAA